AUGCGGUAUGUGUUCGUGUCCCCCCCAGAUGACACCCUAUUUACACCGUCGGCGAAGGACCAAUGCCCACGUCGAAAUUCGCGUCCUACAUGCCCCGAUCUUACUAGCGAUCCAUGUCUCAUACGCCAGGAUGAGAACAACCCAAUUCAUGACGAUAGCAUUGUCGCGUCGCAGCAGACUGUUCCAGCUGAAUCCCUCCAUGCAAUCACUCAGGUGAAUGUACCCAGUGUGAUACUCAAGCAGUCUACCCCUGACGUCGUGGAUGCCUCCGACGCAUGGGAAGAAUGUGCGAGAGAGGUCUGGGACCGCGAAGAGGCUCUGGUAAAGAAGUGGAAGGACGAGAUCAAUACCCUACUGACUUUUGCUGGUCUGUUCUCCGCCGCUUUGACUGCUUUCAAUGUGCAAUAUUAUUUGGCACUUCAACCGCAAUCACCCGAUCCAACGACUCAAGCAGUGUUGAUCUUGGUUGGUGCUGUAGCCGCGAGUGGCGGCAGUACGGACAUUAUUCAGCCCCUGCUUGCUCAAUUAAACGCGUCUUCGACUACUACUCCAAUCUCUUCUCACGUGGUCUCUAUCAAUGCGUUGUGGUUCUCAGCUCUCGUGUUCAGUCUGAGUGCUGCGUCCCUCGCGAUAUCUGUCAACCAAUGGUUGCACCAUCAUAUCGAUCACGCCGCAUCCAAGUCACGCCAAAGCGUCCGUGUCUGGUAUUUCCGACAUCAGGGUUUUACCAGCUGGCACGUCCCUUUCAUCAUCAGCCUACUCCCCGUUCUCCUUCAAACAUCCCUUGCGCUCUUUCUCAUCGGUUUGGUCGAGCUCCUCUGGACCCUUAAUCCAAUCGUUGCGGGCAUCGUCACAGCGCUCAUACUGGUCUUACUGUCGGUCUCAAUCCUGUCCACGUUCUUCCCAGCAGUUUCACCUAGCUGUCCUUACAAGUCUCAGCCUGCAUGGUGGUCUGUGUUAGUCAUCCAGCACAUUCUCGAUCUCAUCCUGCCGAUCGUUGAGCGAUUCGCGAGUCUCACGACCUGGACAUGGCAGAAUGCCAUAUCAGACUGGUGCGGUGCGCAGAGGGCUCGUCCGAGACUCAUAAGCUGGCAAGAGUUCGACGACACCGCUGUACGCUCGCAAGUAGAGAAUGCGAGCGCCAACGACACCUUGCUAAUGCUGGUCGAAGCAGAUGCCACUGUCAGGGAUGAUGAUUUCCUCCGCACUGUUGUGCGACCUUGUCUGCAGUGGGGAGAUCUCCCUGCUUGCCUCCCCGCCUUUUAUCGCAUACUGGAGCACAGAGCGCACGAAGUAUUGGCUUCGACAGACCCUCCCACUCUCAAGUGGUCGCGUAGCGAGCAGGACGGUCAGGCGCUCAUCGCGAUGGGUCAUAUCUCCGUUGACAUUAUUGAAAGGAUCGCUGCAAGCCCUACGUCCCAUGACGCAGGUCAUACGAAACAUCUCAUGCGUAUUCUCGGGCUGCUGCUGAACCUUCUCCAUGCAAUUCCUCAAACCAAUUCUACAGUGUUCAGUCGUCUCGUGCGCCUUGGUCCGACCAUCGAUGUGUCUGACGACGUUCACGAUCGGUUGGCACAAUUAUUUCAGCUAGCGGGUGACAGGUAUGCUAUUAAUACAGAUGGUUCGCACAUAUUUAUCUCUGCGGAACCUCAGUUGCUCAUACGAAAUAUUCGCUAG